AUGACAACUCCCCCACGCCAGAUCGAACAGCCUUCUAUAGACGACACCAUCAUAUCUGCUAUCCUUAACAAAAACGAUGCGGAACUCACUCGCAUCCUACGCUCUAACCCUGAUUGGCCUCCCAACGAACGACAUCUCGCGUACCCACACGACAAGGCCGCCAUAUCCGGCCUCCCAGUGUUCAAAACCUUCGUAGAGCAUUUCCCGCAAACCGAACAUUGGGAUUGCAACCAUGCUGGGAAUAUGGUAGGCAUCGCUGCAACGCAGGGUGAUGUAGCAUUGUUGAGGUUUUGUUUGGAGGAGCUGGGGCAUGAGGCUGAUGAGGGGAGGUGGAUAUAUAUCCCAGCUUUGGAUGCUGUUGAGCAUUUGGAAGAUACCUUUACGCCUGGACAUAAGAAGGAGGUGAUAAGGCUACUUAAGUUACAUGGUGCGACGCCGAAAGGCACAUUCAAGCGUGGGGCAAGGAAAGGAAAGAAGUUGGGUUUGUUCGAGCAGGCUAUGCGGUUGAUCAAGCGCAGGCCAUCUGGACAAUCGAAAGCGCAGGAACCGCUGAACAUUACAGAAAGUCGGGAAUGCCUCGCCCCGUUGAAAGAGCAGUAG